GCCCUGAGUAGUGCUGUGGCAUCAGCCUAGCUCACAGCAACAUGGGCUCAAGAUCUUCUUGUAGCUUCCCUAGUAACUAGGACUACAGGUGCCUGCCACAAUGACCAGCUAGUUUUUCUUUCCUUUUUCUAAUUUGAGACAGUCUUGCUUUAUUACCCUCAAUAGAUGGCCAUGGCAUCAUAGCUCAAAUUCUUGGGCUCAGGUGAUUCUCUUGCCUCAGUCUCCUCAGUAGCUGGGACUACAGGCACCCACGACAAUUCCCCAGCUAUUUGUAGAGACAGGGUCUCACUCUGACUCAGGCUGAUCGGGAAUUCCUGAGCUCAAGCAAUCCACCCACCUCAGUCUCCCAAAGUGCUAGGAUUACCCCAGGGGAGAGGUUUUUGUUUUUUCACUUUGUCACUCUUGGUAGAGCAUAGCUCACAGCAACCUCAAACUCUUGCGCUCAAGCAAUUCACUUGCUUCAGCCUUCCUAGGAGCUAGGACUACAGGCGCCCCCUCAACGCCCAGCUAUUUUUGUUUUAGCAAGCGCAGCCGUUUUGAACCCAGCAGCUCCAGUGCAUAUGGCCAGCACCCUAACCACUGAGCUAAGGGUGCCCAGCCCAGGGGAGAGGUCUUAUUAUGUUGUCCUCCCAUCUUAGGGUUCAUUGAUGUUCUGUCUCUCCAGCUCAGGUGCUUCUGCUUAGGAACUGAUAGUAAGUCAUAGGUUUCUUGACAGAACAAAUGGGAGACAGGAAGGGAUGUGAAGUGGAUGUCUGGGGGGGAGUGAGAGAAAGUCCUGGGCAGAAGUUGCUGUAGACAGCUUUGUGUGCUGUAUCUAGGACGAGGAGUUAGAAACCAUUCAUUCAGCAAGUGGGGAUCACCUACUGUGUGUCCAGCACUGCCUAACAGGAAUGUGUUUCUUUGGUAAGUAGUAAAGUGGAAGUAAGCUGUGCUGAGGACGUCUCUUUCCUCUCCAGCACCCUCGUGGUCCUUUCCGUUUUCACCCCCCUGGUAUCAGAGCUUUAUUUGGGAUAUACAACCUCUGUUCUUUUGAUCUGUUGAUCUUCAGACAUCUAUCUGGCUUUGGGUUCAGGAGAAUAAGGUGGAAGGACUGGUUGGGUAUAAAUUGCACAUCACCAUCUCCCCAACCUAUUUGUAUAAAGAGACCAGUCUUUUGUCCUGAAAAUUUUUAGCAAAUUUAAGAUCCUGCCCUGUUUCACUAAGCUUCUCAGUCUUCCUAGUACUACGUAUUACUUGAGGAAAACGAAGAAAUAUGAAACUCCUAAACAGGGACCCUGGGCUUGGAUUGCAGGACAAGGGUUUACAAAUAUAUGUCUGUGCAGGCGCCGGGUGGCGCUUGCGACCGAGGGACUACACUUCCCAGGGGGCGUUGCGGGGGCGGGGCCUGUGGGAGGUCUUGCGGCACUUACGCUGAGCUGAUGGCCGGGCCGGUGAAGGACCGUGAGGCCUUCCAGAGGCUCAACUUCCUGUACCAGGACCCCGAUAACCAAGCUCUGGCGCGGUUUUACUGCCACACGGAGAGGACCAUCGCGAAGCGGCUCGUCUUGCGGCGGGACCCCUCGGUGAAGAGGACUCUCUGUCGUGGCUGCUCUUCCCCCCUCAUCCCGGGCCUCACCUGUACCCAGCGCCAGAGACGCAGCAGGGGACAGUGCUGGACAGUACAGACCUGCCUAACAUGCCAGCGCAGCCAACGGUUCCUCAAUGACCCAGGGCAUCUGCUCUGGGGAGACAGGCCUGAGGCCCAGCUGGGGAGCCAGGCAGAUCCCAAACCACCACAGCCCUUGUCAACCACAGCCCAGCCCAUUCCAGUCCACCUUUCUGAGGAGAAAGUGCAGCUUCAGGGUGCCAAUGACGUGAUGGCUUCACCCCAUCUUCCAAAUAAAGUUUAAUUCUGUUUUACUUU